AUCAUCUUCGUCUUCUCUGCUCUCACACCACAGCGGGAUCAUCCAUGGGCUGUGUGUCGACAGAGAUCGCGGUUCCCUUGACGGAGCAUGAUGUCGAACGAGGAGAAACAUAUGCUCUGCUUUCUCCGAGAAAUCCGAUGCCCUUGAAGACGAUCCAUCUAUCGAACAUCGACCAGACAGCAGCUUUCCCCGUCGAGACCGUCUUCUUCUAUGAGACGACGCCGGACGGAGCAGAGUCCACGUUCGACAUCAUCGAAAGGGUGAAGAGGUCGGUGUCAGAGGAGCUGUUGGUCCCUUACUACUUCAUGGCCGGGAGAGUCCACUUCAACGUCGAAACGAAGAGGCUGGAGCUGGUCUGCAACAAUGCCGGCGCCCUGUUUGCCGGUGCAACGUCGAGCCUUAGCUUGAAGGAGCUCGGCGACCUCUCCGCGCCGAAUCCGUCGUUCCAGCGUCUCGUUCUCCGAGCCGAGGAAUUCGGCAGCCUCCCUGAGACUCCCAUCUUCACGAUCCAGGUGACUCGAUUCAGAUGCGGCGGGUUCUCGAUCGGUUUCAUGACGAACCACAGCAUACUCGACGGGAAAUCUGCAGUCGAGAUGCUGGACAACCUUGCUGCCAUUUGCAGGGGUGAAGAGCCGAGGAACGUGAAGCUUCAUGUCGAUAGAUCCUGUAUCCGGGCAAGAGAUCCACCACAGAUACAGUUCGAGCACGCAGAGUACAUGAAGCCGACGGAAGCCAGCAGCUUGGUCUCCCCGGACCAGCCAUCUCCAUCCUCGUUCGUGUCGAUGCUGUCCAAGAACUACGAGUACGAGGUGGCGUCUCUGAGUCUCGACAUGAUCGAUGGCCUCAAGGAGAGGGCCACGGCCGGGUGCUCCAGCUUCCAGGCGGUGGUGGCUCACCUGUGGAGGGCGAGAACGAGGGCGGUCUUCGAUGACCCAUCGGAGACCUCCUCGGUGCUGUUCGCCGUGGACGUCAGGUCGAAGAUGACACCGCGGGUGCCGGAUGGGUUCGUAGGCAACGCGGUGGUCAUGGCCAUGGCGAGCGCCAGGGUGGCGGAGCUGACGGAGCAGCCGCUGGGCUUCGCGGUGAAGAGGGUCAGGGAGGCGAUCGAGCGGGUGACGGACGAGUACAUCAGGUCAGCGGUGGAUUGGCUUGAGGCCAACAAGGGAAUGCCCGCCAUCGGUCAUGGCAACUUCAUCGUGUCAGCUUGGUGGAAGCUGCCAUUCCAUGAGCUGGACUUCGGGUGGGGGAAGCCAAUCUACGCAGGGCCAGUGGUGAGCGUGAUGCACGAGUGCGUGCUGCUGCUCUCGGACGGCAAGGGUGGCAUCAACAUCUGGCUUGCACUGGAGGAGGAGAAGAUGAAGAGCUUCUUGAGCUAUGUGUACGAGCUGUGACACCAAUGCAUGGCUGCAAAGCUGGUGUUGUCAUCACAGUGCGUAGGCAUCA